AUGAUAAAGGCACUUGUCAGACCUUCGUCACGGUUCAGCGCACAUGAUCUAGCUGGAUCACACACGCCUGACACUGGAGCGUACCCAGACGGACCACCGAUGUCCAGUCUUAAAACUUACCAUAGAAUCCUUUUUAUCCGCAUAAAAAAUAAUUCUUACGAUUACAAGCCUGAGAUUUGCUUCAAGGGAAGGAUGACUCUUGACAAUUCGUAAACUUACGAUGUUUAGUAGAGCGAAAAUAUAUUGUUGUACUUGCUCGCCGUGGAAUUCUAUCACCGAGUAAUCAACAGCGACUCCGAGCUCGAGCCAUUGUGAAGGUGACGUCUUUGUAUCACCGGAUGCAGGUCGUUCUGGAACAAAAAACCGUUUUAAAUAAAAGCUAAAAAGUUUCAUCAGACAGCGAAACAAAAGGAACAU